CUCAAUCCAGUUCGUUCUUCGUCUAUGGUUUAAAUAAACAGUUAUAAGUCGUGGACUUUGACAGCAGCAGCAUCAUAAAUAAACUGCUGUCGAGAGGCGAGACAAUGGCUGACGAACACAGUGCGCGACCCAAAGACUUCGCUGACAGCGCUGUUCAUGUGGACGUGAAGGAGUAUUAUGGGGAGAGAGUGAAGAAGACCUCAGACCUGAAGACCAACGCCUGUGUUGCACCAGCUCAGCCAAUUCCUGCCUUCGUCCGCCAGGCUCUGACCAAAGUACAUCCUGAAGUCACUGACAGAUACUAUGGCUGUGGCCUGGUGGUGCCAGAGUGUCUGGAGGGCACCAGGAUUCUGGACCUGGGCAGUGGAAGUGGGAGAGAUUGCUACAUGCUGAGUCAGCUCGUGGGCGAGAAGGGCCAUGUCACUGGCAUCGACAUGACUGAGAACCAGCUUGAAGUGGCCAGGACAUAUGUGGACCACCACAUGCAGGAGUUUGGCUACAAGAAGCCCAAUGUCAGUUUUGUCCAGGGCUACAUUGAGGCUCUGACAGAGGCAGGACUGGAAAAGAACUCUUUUGAUAUCAUCAUUUCCAACUGUGUGGUGAACCUCUCUCCAGACAAGAGGCGAGUCUUGGCGGAGGCUUACAGCGUGCUCAAGGAUGGCGGGGAGCUGUACUUCAGCGACAUCUACAGCAGUCAAAGACUAACCGAGGAGAUUAAAAAUCACAAAGUUCUAUGGGGCGAGUGCUUCGGCGGAGCUCUAUGGUGGAAGGAUCUGCUGAGUUUGGCUGAAGAAGUGGGUUUCACAGCUCCACGACUGGUCACUGCCAAUUUCGUCACCGUGGACAAUAAAGAACUGGAGGACGUUCUAGGUGACUUUAAGUUCGUCUCUGCCACGUAUCGCCUGUUUAAGCUCCCUAAAGGUGACAUCAAGUGCGGUCAGGUCAUAUAUAAUGGGAGCAUUACUGGGGCAGAGAACAGCUUCCAGUUUGACUGUCGAUACACAUUCAAGGCAGGUGAAGUCGUGGAGGUAGACAGAGAUGUUGCCAGUAUUCUUACCCACUCCAGAUUUGCAGAGGACUUCACGUUCCAGCCGUCUGGAGACUCCUGUGGGCCCUGUGGAGUCAAACCUACGGCGGCUGUUGUGGAUCCUUUCGAGCUGGCGCUUCCGCCAAAGAAACCAAGACCGGGUUCUGCCACAGGGGGGUGCUGCAGCACACGGUCUGCUACCUGCUGCAAGUGAUGGUGGAAACUAAAGAGCUCAGAGAAAAAUGCAUCUUUACUGUGUGUGCAGGGCAACAGCAGUUCUGAUGGACUGCAUCAACUAACAACAACAUGUCAAUAGACAAAAAAAAUAAAACUGACUUUGACAGUGA